AUGGCAGCCAUCGUUGUAGCGGACCUAGGAGACCGGUUGCUGGACAUACCGUGCAACGUGUGCGGCGAUAGAAGCUCCGGCAAACAUUAUGGCAUCUACAGCUGCGACGGGUGUUCGGGUUUCUUCAAGCGGUCGAUACACAGGAACCGCGUGUACACGUGCAAGGCGGGCGGCGAGCUGAAGGGACGCUGCCCUGUCGACAAGACGCACCGCAACCAAUGCCGCGCCUGCAGGCUUGCUAAGUGCUUUCAGGCCAAUAUGAACAAAGAUGCCGUCCAACACGAGCGCGGUCCUCGCAAGCCGAAGCUGCACUCCGGCGGGCUGGGCGCGCUGGCACCGCCGCUCUCGCACGCGCACGCACAUAAGCCACACGCACUCAAGCUGUCGCCGCCAUCGCCGUACGCGCCGCUGCCGCAACCCUUCAACUUCCAAUUCAGCCUAAGUGGCGUGAGCGAGCCGGCACCUCUGAGCGCGGCGUCGUCGGCAGGUUCCAGCGCCGCUGGUGGGGGCGGAGGCGCAGGGGCAGCAAGCCCGCUGCCGCUGCUCGCCGAGCCCUUCCUCACGCCGCCACCCGGCCUGCUGCACAUGCUUAUGUCAUCCGAUAAAUGCCAAGAACUGAUGUGGAGCGCAAAGCAGUUGCAACUACAAGGUGACCCAACACUACUGCGGCCGCCGCCCAGUCCAUUCGGAGCGCCACUUGCCCCCACUUGGGAACUUUUACAAGAAACAAGCGCACGAUUGCUGUUCAUGGCGGUCCGGUGGGUGCGAUGCCUGGCACCGUUUCAAGCACUAGCGCCGGGUGAUCAGCUGGUACUCCUGCGAGCGGCGUGGAAGGAGCUUUUCCUUCUGCACCUAGCGCAAUGGGCGGCGCCCUGGGAUCUCGCCCCGUUGCUCGCCGCGCCCGUAGCAAGGACUCGCUUACCCCCAGACCCACUCGCGGACUUGGAGCUAAAUACCUUACAGGAAAUCCUGUGUCGAUUUCGUCAAAUAGCGCCAGACGGCAGCGAGUGUGGCUGCAUGAAAGCAAUCGUUCUUUUUUCACCAGACACGCCCGGCUUGAGCGAGACACAGCCUGUGGAGAUGCUGCAAGAUCAAGCACAAUGCAUAUUGGCGGACUACGUUCGUACGCGAUACACGCGACAACCAACGAGGUUCGGACGACUGCUACUCUUGCUGCCGUCGCUUCGUGCGGUGCGAGCGCGAUCUAUUGAGCUGCUUCUGUUCCGUGAAACCGUGGGCGAUGUGUCAGUGGCCACGCUGCUACACGACAUGUACCGAAUGCAGCCCGCCCCAGCGCCCGCGCCCGCUUUCCCACCCCCCACUAUCACCGAACAUUGCGCCUCACCAUAAUCAUUUACAACUUUUUAGGUUAGGUGAUAGUUAUGAGUAAAUCUAUUAAAAUUAACGACCUGCAGAUCUGAUCACGGUUCACAUGGUUUAAGCAGAUCAGUGAACCGGGUCGCAGCAGAAUUUGUAACGAGCUCCGAACUGCGAGUCCCCAGGCAGGUCGCAGAUCGGCGGCUCACAUAGUUAUU